AUGAAAUUUGUGACUGUGAUAUUAUUAUCAAUAGUUGUAUUUUGUUUGGCAGACGAGGAGACGAAUGUUGUUGAACAAACAAAGUUUUCCGUGGAAGGAGAGGUCAGUUUAUUUGAGUUUUGGCUCGGGUCUUGAAAAUUGGCUUUUUUAUUGAAUUCGAGUUCAUUUUGCGAAAAAGUAUUGUUUUAGAAGUAUAAAAAUAAACUUUUGUGUAAUUUUGGGAGAUGAUGAAAAAAACACAUUUUAGAAUGUAGACGUUGAAACUUUUAUUUAAAUUUCUAGACAAUAAAUUCUGUGAAUCUAUUUCACAGGUUGAAAAUUAAACCGAAUAGAUAUGAAAUAAACCCUUUUUACAAUUUUUUUUACAAAUUAUGAACAGAAAAUUGACCAGGUUAUGCUUGUUCCCCCAUAGAUUUUGGAAAAAGUUAAUUGCUUCCUAUUCCGGGGACCAUUUUCAUCUAUGAUCGAAAUCUGAAAUAUAGAAAAAUCGAUAAUGUCCCUCUGCUCUUUUAAAAUCUCCCAUUCAAUUAUUCUUAUUCUAGAUUGCUCUUCCGUCAUCUCGAAAAUGCGCGUCAUGGUCCGCAACUUCUCGAAUCCUCCUAAAUCACGGACAAUACCUCGGAUUCGUUCGUGAAGAUUGUACAUUCCGUGUUGAUAAUGUGCCAAGUGGAACCUAUAUUGUUCAAAUCGAAAAUAUCGAUUUUGUCUUCGAACCAAUUCGUGUUGAUAUCACAUCGAAGGGUAAAAUGAGAGCUCGAAAAUUGUCGGUUAUGCAGGUUUGUUUUUUUUUUGUUGUUUCAAAAAAAAACAUUGAUUUUUGUUUCAGCCAAACAACGUGAAUCAAUUGCCAUAUCCAUUGAAAUUGAGUGUUCGUGGACCUGCACGAUAUUUUAGAAAAAGAGAGGAAUGGAGAGUGACUGAUAUGUUGUUUAGUCCAAUGGUUUUGUUGAUGGCUUUCCCACUUAUUGUUAUGCUUAUUAUUCCAAAGUAAGUGGUUUUGAAGGAAAAAAAUCAAUUUUGGGAACUACAAGAAAAAUUUUAUUAUAAAAAAACUGCAAGUUUCAGGGGUCUUCUGAAAAUCCUUUAAUCCUAAGCAAAGAUUUCGUGAUUUUUCAGUGAAAACAGAGUUUUAGACGAAUUUUUUGUUAAAUUUGAAAUCAGAUUUAUUCUAGAGAUUGAAAAAAUUAUAAAUUCUGAAGAGAAAAUAUAGAAACGUGUGGCCAUUUAGAAACUAACUUUGUGAAAAAAAACGUUGAUUCGAACUUUCUAAUACAUGAGCUCUUAACACAUUUUUGUAUGGUUUUCGACCCCCAAAAGUAUAAAAUACCCCAAUUUUUUUCAGAAGUUGAGGGUCUUAACCUACAGUAACCCUCCCCCUUCCCCAAAACUUUGAAGUUAGCCUAUAAUACUCUUCUUUCAGAAUGACAGCCAACGAUCCAGAGUUGAAAAAAGAGAUGGAACAAAUGCAACUACCAAAAAUGGACAUGCCAGAUGUCGGCGAAAUGAUGGCGAAAAUGUUUGGCGGCGGAAAUGCGGCUGGUGGACAACCAAAAAAGAAAUCUGUAACUCAAUCAACUAGUCAACGCCGAAAAUAA